AUGAGAGAAAAGUACUUAUUGAGAAUAUUAGUACUAUUGAUAGUAUUAAUAGUUGGUCCGGGUGCAGCGAAGACAAAUUUGCAUGAUUACGGUGAUGCAUUGUCGAAAAGCAUAUUGUUUUUCGAGGGCCAAAGGUCGGGGAAGUUGCCUCCGUCGCAGCGUUUGGCGUGGAGGAAGGACUCUGCUCUUCACGACGGCACAGACAAGGGCGUGGACUUAACAGGAGGAUAUUACGACGCCGGCGACAAUGUGAAAUUCAAUUUCCCGAUGGCGUUCUCAACAACAAUGCUGGCGUGGGGAGUGCUCGACUACGGCAGGUCCAUGGGACCGGAGUUGCAUAAUGCACUCGAGGCCGUCCGAUGGGCGACCGACUACUUCCUCAAAUCCACCGCCACUAACGGCGUCGUUUACGCUCAGGUGGGCGAUCCCAACGCCGACCACAAUUGUUGGCAAAGGCCCGAAGACAUGGACACCCCUCGUACCGUUUACGCUGUUACUGAAAAGGCUCCCGGUUCGGAAGUUUCCGGCGAGAUAGCCGCGGCUCUUGCGGCGGCGUCUUUGGUGUUCAAGGCGUUUGGGGAUAGGGCUUACUCUAACAUGCUUCUACAAAGAGCCUCCAAGGUAAAUAACAUAUAAAAUAGCAUA